AGCGAAUCGGCGAGAGUAAUUAGUAGAACAUUGUUGUUAGUGCAGGUGCAAAGUGGUGGCCAAAACUAAAUUAUAAUUUUGUGAUAUCGUUGUAGUUUGCCGCAAGUUAAAGUGAAAAUUUGAGUUGAUUGCUUAGACAUUGUGACCUUAGGUAUGUUGUGAAUUAUUUAUAUAAUUAUACCAUGAAAUAGAAUUUCAACAAGAAUUUCAAGUUAGAUUAUUUCAUGAAAUGCUCAGAAAAAGAAGCAAUAAGAGGCUGAAGCAACUGCUCGGAAGAUAAAAAAAAGUUGUUUUGUUGAAGUAUGACGAUCUUUUAUCAAGAACAAACAAACAAAAAUAUUUAUAGAAACCUGCAACUCCACAACAGUCUUCUUCAAGUGAUGAAGAGGAACAAAGCGAGCUGAGCGGAAGCAGGGAAGAUAUUUCAGAUGUUGCAAGCUACGAAAGAAAAGUGCUUCAGAUGAAAGCUCUUGAGGAUGUCAAGGCCUUCCACGUGGGAGACUUCGUUUUGGUUAAGUUUUACACAAAGACUUCAACUAUGUAUUAUGUGGGUCUGGUAAUAUCAAAGGAAGAUGAUAAAUACUUGCUAAAAUUUAUACGUCGUCACGGAACCACCUGGAAAUUUGUUUAUCCACCAGUGGAAAAUAUUUCUUCAGUUCGAGAACAAGAUAUUAUCUUGAAAUUACCAUUUCCAAAUGUAGGUGGAACCGAAAGAGUCAAAUCUACUCUGAUAUUUGGUCUGGACUUACGUUGCUAUGAAAAUGUUCGUAGAUUUUUUUUAUUAUUGUCAUUAUUUUUUUUAAUAGACAUUUUUCGUUGUUGAUUAAUAAUUAA